CUAUCGAUCUGGCGUACGCUUCCGGUGUCCUUCGGAAAAUUCGAAGAGGAGGCCAAGGGUCACAGGGUUUCGAGAGAGAUAUCGAAUCGUUUGGAAUUGUUUUUGAUAUUGUCUACUAAAAUGACAAGAAAGAAGAGAAAACAAGUUAAUGGAUCAAAUUCAGACUUCACAUCGGAAGCUGAGUCUGACACAUCUGUGGAUGUAGAAGAAGUCUCCAGUUCAGAUGAGGAGGUCCGUCAAAGAUCACAGCGAAAGGGAGGACAGAAAGGAGUGAAAGAUGAAGGAUAUUCUACAAGAUUACGUCAAAGAUCUCCGGCGAAAUCUCUACGAUCAUCCACACGCAAGCUUUCUUCUGAUUCAUCUGAUCUUGAGUCAACUGAGACCAUCACCCAAGAACCAAAAACUACACGCAAAUCAAGGGCCAGUAUAAAAGCAGAAAAAGACAUUGGUUCCGACUGCGAGUCAAACACUUCGGGUAUUGCCCUUAGCACCCGAGGACGGCGUAAACUUGUCCAGCCCACGGACAAUCAGUCUGACGCUGAGCCCGCUGCUGUAGCUCCUCACACGCCAAUUAUGAAAAUGGUCAAGAAGCGAAAAGCGAAGGAGGAUGCUGAGGAGAGCAUGUGCUUAUCACAGAAACGGUUUAAAUCUGACACGGUUGAGCUCAAGUGUCCUCUGGCUGGCUGUGAUUCACAAGGUCAUUUCAGUGGUAAAUAUGACAGACAUUUCACAAUCUCUGGAUGCCCUAUGUAUCACAACCUUACUGCGGUGGAAUGCCGACAGAAAAUGGCAGCUAGAUUGGAGAAAGAGAGAUUACGAGAAGAGGCCAGGAAGGAAGAAGAAGCUGCGAGAAAAGCACUCAGAACUCCCAAUAUAACAAAGCAGCAGCAGCAACGAAAGCUUGUGCAAGAGUUGAGGAGACAGAAGAAGGAGUUUGGUUCUGUUCACAAAGAGCGUAAUCGUGGUCAUCGUGAAGAGUACCAUUUAUCGCGGGAGCCGUUGCUUGAUAAUCUGACAUCACAGUAUGAUCUGAAUUUGUUCCGCGAAGCGCAGAUGAAAGUGUCUGAAGAAAUGGAGCAAGAGAAUCAGGGUCAGAAUUUUGAGGGUAGCAUUAAUAAAAUUGAGUUUGGACGCUUUGAACUGAAUACCUGGUAUACAAGCCCUUACCCCGAAGAGUAUGCCCGCCUCAUGAAACUGUUCAUCUGUGAGUUCUGUCUGAAAUACAUGAAGAGCGCCACCAUUCUACGACGCCACAUGGCAAAGUGUCUUUGGCGUCACCCACCGGGAGAUGAAAUUUACCGCAAAGGUAAUAUUUCUGUGUUUGAAGUUGAUGGUAAGAAGAGUAAGAUAUACUGCCAGAACCUAUGUCUACUUGCUAAACUAUUCCUAGACCACAAGACAUUAUAUUUUGAUGUGGAACCUUUCUUGUUCUAUGUAAUGACGGAAGCAGACUCAACCGGCUGCCAUAUUAUAGGCUACUUCUCCAAGGAGAAGAAUUCAUUUUUAAAUUACAAUGUGUCGUGUAUAUUAACUCUACCACACUACAUGCGUCAGGGAUUUGGAAAAAUGCUCAUUGAUUUCAGUUAUUUAUUAUCUAAAGUAGAAGAUAAGAUAGGAUCUCCAGAGAAACCAUUAUCGGAUCUUGGUUUACUCAGUUACCGUUCCUACUGGAAGAGUGCUGUACUCAAAUAUUUACACAAUUUCAAAGGAAAGGAAGUUUCAAUAAAAGACAUCAGCCAGGAGACCGCAAUUAACCCGUACGAUAUAGUCAGCACGUUACAAGCACUAAGCAUGCUUAAGUAUUGGAAAGGGCGCCAUCUAGUGUUAAAACGUCAAGAUUUGUUUGAAGAGUACCUGUCUAAGGAGUCCAAGAGGACAGACCCGACAAAGGUCAUCGAACCCAUGGCGCUGAAAUGGACGCCGCCAGUGGGAGACAAGAUCUAGUUCGCAAAUCCUGUAUUAACCGUUUUGCUAUCUCUAAUCUUGAUACAUCCCGGAAUAUAUUGUUUUUAUUGAAAACAUGCUAUGCUUUUAUUAACUGUCCUCUGCUAGGCGUACAGACAUUGAUGUUCUUAAAACUAUACAUAGAGAAUUACAUAAGCGCCUUGCAGCUUGUAACUUUUGUACUUUACUGAUUAUCUUGUUGGAAAUUAUUCUUGUGCUUAUGUGUACGUAAUACUGUUUAGACAUUUCCAUUCCAAGAGAAUACAUUUGUUGAAGACUGUUAGGCCCAGACAAAGGGGGAUAGAACAGUAUAUUCAACAGCCAGAACCAAACCCAAAUUUUAUUCAGUAUUUAAAGCUUGUAGAUAAUAUGUAUAAAAAAAGAUGUUGUACAUGAGUAAAUAUGGUAUAAACAACACAUAUAAUGACCAAAUUAAUUGGGUGGGUUGAAUGUUUUUACUAGGAUUACAUUUUUGUACAUGUGAAUUUGUCAUUGUUGAAGGAAUAUUUUAAGUAAAGUUUGAAUACUGGUGUACGAAGCAAUGUAUGAAUGUUAGCUAACUUACAUUAUGGCGGUACAGAAUGUCAACGUAAUGGCUAGGCAAGUGUUUGUAGGGGUGGGGAAGGGGGAUAAAAUAUUCAACAGCUGAUUAGUGGGUAAAUGAAAUCUCAUUUAUGUAAUGAUUUAAUGGUGAGCCCAUAUAAACUGUUUGUGCUACCUUUUGUAGAGAAUAUAAUACAGCUGAAAGAUGAGAUAGAGAGCACUUUACAAGAAUGGGGGGGGGGGGUUUAUGAAUUAAACAGCAUAUUACAUGUAAUCUCUUUACUGAAAGACCUCAUCUUUAUUCAUGUAUCAACCUAUUUCAUCAUUUAAUAUUUUUAAUAUUUUUAAAAUGAUUUAAAAAAUUGAGUACCUGUUCAGAAGCAGACUACUGCUCUCCUACAGAACCAAGUAUUCUUUAUAUACUUGACCUCUGUACAGACUAUCAAAUGGUAUUUGGCAAUUUGACAAAAACAUGUGACAUACCUAAGUAUGGUCAUGAUGACAUCACAUCAUUACCAUAUAUAGGCAUAUCAUGACUAUGUAUGGGCAUACAACAGGUUUUUUUUGAUAAUCUGGGCAGAGCUUAAUUGUCAUAAAAGACUUAGAGAGUGGAACUAUUUUAGUUGUGAGGAAAUCCUGGCUUUUAAGUGGAUAUGAACCUGAGAUCCUGGGACUGGAAAGCAAAUGUCUUAAGCCCUGUUUAGACUAUCAAAUGGUAUUUGACAAAAACAUGUGACAUGCCCAAAUAUGGUCAUGCUGACAUCACAUCAUGACCAUAUAUAGACACUUCAUGACUAUAUAUGGGCAUACAACAGUUUUUUGUCCAACAGAAUUUGAUAAUGGACACAGCUUUUACCAUGAAGCUAUUGCUUCACUCACCCAUCUUGUAAUUGAGUGGGAUGUUGCUGUUGACUGCACUGAAACAUUGGACUAUCGCAGUGGCAUAUCUAAAAGUCUUGAAAUGGGGGUGCUGAUGGGGGAGCGCGAUGGUAAAGUGGGGGCCCUCCGAUCAGUUGAGGGGUGCUAAUUCGCAAAAUAAGGUGAUUUUAAUUGAUUUUUAACUAAGUGACCAUGAUUUUUGGGUGGCGACAGGGGGCGCGACUAAUUUUUGGAGGGGCGUGCGCCCCCGCAUACCCCCUUAGAAAUGCCACUGUAUUAUCGUGUUCGACUCCCACUUCCAUGCUUUGUUGCACUACUCUGAAUAAAAUGUAUUGAUUUGUAUAUGAGGAAA